ACAUUUACCCUGUAUUUUUUUCUGUAAAAACCCAAUCAGUUUUUGGUCAAUUUUUUUAAGUUGUCUAUAAAAAUGUAAAAGUUGUGACAUCAAUUCAAAUUUUAGUUUUGUGCGAGUUUGUGAAUUGUGAAGGUUUAAGAAAAGAUUGAUUAAUACUUUAUCGGAGGGAGAAGGGGACGGAAAUUAUAAUAAUUUUAGUUCAUGGUCCAAUUCUCUUGAAUCUGAGGACACUGCUGCAUCAUCAUCGUCGUCCAGCUCAAUAAGUAGAAAUUUUAAUAAAACGAUGGGGGACGAACGUCAAAAUUCGACUCAAAGUGAUGAUCAGGCGGAUGGUCAAUCAAAUUCUAGUAAUUGUGCUCAACAAGAACACUUUGACAUUAUCCAGCUCAGUCAACAUCUCAACCUUUGUGUGAGGAAGAAGGACAAUGAGGUCGAUUUGGACGAGUACAUUUGUGUCUUUCAGCAAUUAUACAAAUUUUUCAUAAUGUUGGGAUCCGUCUUUGGAUUUGUGGGGUCGGAUGUGAAAACCAAACUCGAAAUCUUGCAAGGAUAUAGGACUGGAGAAAAUCGGACCCAUUAUGAAACUGUGGAGAAAAUGCUACAAUUUGAGAAAACGACGGAUUUUAUCAAUAAAAAUAAGGAAAGUUCCGCUUCCAGAACGCUACUUCGGUUGCAUCGUGCUUUAAAUUUUGUAUCAAAAUUUCUCGGAAAAGUGGACGAGAUUAAGGACUCCGAAGGAACGGCACACGUAUGCAAGGAAGCUUAUACCCAAACCCUGUCGAAAUUCCAUCCAUGGCUUAUCCAGAAGGGAGCCUUGCUUGCCAUGUACGCCUUACCGACAAAGAAGGAUUUAAUAAGUCGAGUUUGUGACGGUCGCAUUGAAACAUCAGAAGUUCGUCGCCUGCUGCAUGAAGUGAUCGCAUCGACGCAGCGUGUGUAUGAUUAUUGCGAAACUGCUUAUCGGGACAAUGAUUUAUUGGAUCUACCCUAACUAGGCGUCGGAUAAAGAAAUUAUUUAAUAAUUAAUAACACAAUUAUCAUUAUUAUUAUGCAGUAUAUGCAAUCAAUGAGUCAAGGUGAUAAGUUUCGUACUACAUAAACGGGGAUUCGCCAUGUGUGAUAGUAAAUGUUAGUUAGUAUGCAUAAUUUUACCUACUAAUGCGUUAAUGUUAAUUACUGAGUUAAUCACUAUACUUAUCAAGAUCAACAUUCCAUAUCAUGUUCCUUUUCUUAGAAUAGUAAUCAAUGAGUCAGAAACUUAAUCGGUAGUACGUUCUUUUUCUUAAUCAGAGGACAUACUUAUGUACAAGUUACUAUUUUACAUAAUUUAAUAAUUCAAAUUAAUUACAAUGUCUAUUUUAAAUCCGAUGCCAUCGGUAUUAUUGGCGUUGUGGUAAUACCUUGCUACUCAAUUAUGCGACCUAUUAUAUAGCCCAGCCAGAUAAUACAAGACUGGAAUUGUAUUGAAAUUAUCGAUUUUAUUAAUUCAAAAGAGCUCAAAAUGCAAAUCCUAUGGUUGUAUUCCAUUUACCCUUAAAUAUCUUUAAAUUGUUAAAUUAUGUACCUCUACUUUCCCUCAAUUACAUUCCAAUAACAAGCGUAAAGAUACAAACAGUCUUAGAUAAUUUAGUAGAUAAAUAUACUGUCCAAAAUUCGGAACAAAGUUUCGCAUACAAACCUACAAAUCUUUAUCAACUGUUAAUACUAGUCUUUAUAUACUUCGUUUGGUGCUUUAUUUGCUACCUGCAAAUGUUUGCAAUUGGUUGAAGAAUUUAUGAUAAAAUCGUUAGAAUAUGUAUUUAAUAAUCAUGAAACAUGUAACCUGAAUGCGUUGUAUAACUUAACUAUACACUAAAAACUUCCUAUUACUUUGAUGAAAGAUUUCAAAUAAAUGUGAAUCCAUCAAUUUACGAAAA